UUAAUGGCCCAAAGCCAGUUGUGGUAUUUUGUGACAGGUGGAGCCUGGAUAAUUGGGUACAAGGCUUGGGGAUCACUUCUAGGACUGCAAUUGGCGGAAAGAGAUAUCAUUGUAGCAUGUAUUGAUUACAGGAACUUCCCCCAAGGAACCAUUAGUGACAUGGUGAAAGAUGUGUCUCAAGGGUCUCAUUUGUCUGCAAUCUCAUUGCCAGAUAUGGAGGUGAUCCUAACAGAAUCUAUUUAAUGGGGCAAUCAGCCCGGGCACAUAUUUCUUGUGUUCUUUUGGAGCAAGCAAUCAAAGAAUCUAGAGGAGAAAGCACUACAUGGAGUGCUUCCCAAAUCAAAGCUUAUUUUGGUUUAUCUGGAGGGUACAAUUUAUUCAAUUUGGUUGAUCAUUUCUACAAUAGAGGCCUUUAUCGUUCCGUCUUUUUAAG